AUGGCGGGUGGCGGCAUGCGAGCUGCCAGCCUGCCCAUCCCACGGUGCCCUGUGCCCACUCCUUGGCUGGAGCACCGUGGAGAGAACUGCCCCAAACAGAGAGGUGAUGUCCUGGCAGCCUGUUGGGAACGGGUGGCUGAGGCUCCCAGAGCAUCCCAUGCUGCCCACAUGGCCCUGCCAGCCCUUCAGCCAGUGGGCAGCAGCCACAAAACCCCUGACUGUGACAAAGAGGCCUUACGAUGCCACCCUGCUCGUGAGAGCGCUGGGGGCUAUGUGGGUGCCAAUGGGGGAAGGCAAAUCAAUUUUAGCAUCCAGCUUGGACCCCGCACACCUUAUGGGGGGCUCAGCUGCCGCGUGCCCAUGGGUGUCCCAUGGGAAACGGGAGCCGAGGGCAGCCCUGACCGCAGGCUCUCCGGAGCAGGCAGCGGGCCAGCCGGCUCUGGCACCCGGCCCGGAAGCCUGUCCUGCCCCUUCACUGUGACUCUGCAAAACAGUGGGGCGGCGGCCCUGACGAUGACGAUGGCUGGGCAAGGAGGAAGCAGAGGGGCCUGGCUGGGCGUUGCACUGCUCCGGGCAGAGCGGAGAGCUCGGCUGAGCAGGACAGAGGAAGGUAAAGGCUGGCCGACAGCCACAGCCAUGGCUGAGGACGAGGACAGGAGCAUCCAUACACAGCACAUCUCGGACGUGCACAACGUGCCCAUGCGCGUCCUCAUCCGGCCCAUCCCGGCAGAGCUUGAUUCGGGAAAGGUGCGGAGCCUGAUGGAGACCCUGCAGGAAGAUCCCGAGCGGGUGCCCCCCAUCGACGUGCUCUGGGUCAAAGGCAGUGAGGGUGGUGAUUACUUCUACUCCUUCGGGGGCUGCCACCGCUUCGCUGCCCACCAGGCACUCCACCGGGAGACCAUCCCCGCCAAGAUCAUCCCCUCCACCCUCAGCGACCUCCGUACCUACCUCGGCUCCUCCACGCCUCACCUGCGCUAGGCCAGAGCCCCGAGGAUGUCCAGCAGCCCUCUCUGUCCCUGUUGGUUCUGACCCGUGAGCCCAUGGUGAGGAUGUAGGCGGGGUCCCCAGCCCUGGGGAAUCCCCGGUGAACCUCCAGCCUGGAUGAGCCAUGGUCCCCCAGACUCGGAGGGUCCCCGGGGUCCCUGCAGCCGGGAUGGGGAUGGGUCAGGCUCUCGCCGGUACCGGGAAGCGCCCGGCGGGGCCGGCAGGUGGCGCUAUUGUGCCGCGCUGCGCUGCCCGCAGCGGCCGCGCGGACCGGGACGGGACGGAAUGAACCGGGACGGGAUGAACUGGUUGGGGUGGGAUGAACCGGGGCACGGUGCAAUCGGGAAUAGUUGAACCAUGAUGGAACAGGCUAAACCGGGGCACGGCUCAAUCGGGAAUGGCUGAACCGGAGCACACUGGAACUAGGACGAGUCACAGCUCAUUCGGGGCACAGCUGAACCGGGAAGGGGUACAGGCGAACUGGGACACAACGGAAUCAGGACACGGGGAAGAGACACAGCUGACCCGGCAUGGCCAGUCCCCAGCCUUCCCUCAGCGACUCUGGGCUCACCUGUGGUCGCAGUCUGUGGGGGACAUCUCCAAAAUCCUGUGGUGGGGACACCCACUGCUGCACCCGGAAUAAAGAUGAUCAAAACCCCU